UGUUGUCAUGUGCUUUAUACAGUUCAACAUUUCUUCCUUCUGUUAACAUUAAGUCAAUUCGAAAAUAUUACACAGACGUGAGUGCGUAUAAUUGCGGUCGAAGAUUCGUCGGUGGUGCAGGAGUGUGAAACUUUAUUAAGAUGGCCGCAAGCAUCAGCUUAUUCACCGACAAGGAGACCAAUAACUGGUUAAAGGCGUGCUUAGCACUCAAUAUAACUAAGGAAGGACUAGCUUACUUUCUGGAUACAGAAUUACAGAAGUUUUACGCAACCGUUGGUAGCAGUUGUGGUAACUGCUCCAUUGAAAAACUCAUACCAUGUCCAACGCCCCCAUAUUGUAAGAGUAAAAAAAACUGUCAUUUCCAUGUCUCACAGAAACCUCAACAAUGCGCAGUAUGUGAUCAAGUGAAACAGAACAUAACAUUACAUCACAGAUACAGUAAGCCGUCCUGGCGCAACACUCAUGCGGAAAAGUGGGCUAGCGACUAUUGGGAGAUAGGCAAAUGCUUCCUCCCUCCGGAAGGAUAUAGCAGUGUUCCCACGGUGAAGGAAUCGGACUUCAAUGGCGUGAUAAGCAUCAUGUUAAACUGCACACAUUUCCAGAACUGCCUCUCUUCCUCUUGUUUAUCACCUCCAUCGCCUGAUAAGCAAUCUCCACUCGAAAUGGUCCGUCUGAUAGGCCGAAAUGUACGUCACACAUCCGACUGCAAGGUUACAGAUGCUGAUCUGCAGGACUAUUUCCAGACACUGUCCACGCUACUGGCUGAUCCAACGUGCCUACAACAUGACCACUCAGCAACCAUAGCGCAUAAGAGACUUAAUGAUUUGCAGAAUAAUAAAAUGUCCCUCAAAGAACUUGGUGAGCUGUUAGAUGAGACCUACCAAACACUUGGUCGUGUGAAAGAAGCAGGCAAGAAGGCAGAAAGAAUCCUAAAAAAAGCUUUGCAGAAAUUAGAAACUUCUAUACUGGCUGGGGAACAACGAAUUGACAGCAAGACACAGCUUGGGGAGCAACGAAUUGAAAGCACGACUCAGCUUGGGGAACAACAAAUUGAAAGCACGACGCUGGCUGGGGAACAACGAAUUGAAAGCACGUUGCAGGCUGGGGAACAACGAAUUCAAAGCAUGACACAGGCUGGGGAACAACGAAUUCAAAGCACGACGCAGGCAGGGGAACAACAAAUUCAAAGCACGACGCAGGCUGGGGAACAACAAAUUCAAAGCACGACGCUUGCUGGGGAACAACGAAUUGAAAGCACGUUGCAGGCUGGGGAACAACGAAUUGAAUGCACGACACAGGCUGGGGAACAACGAAUUGAAAGCAUGACGCAGGCUGGGGAACAACAAAUUGAAAGCACGACGCAGGCUGGGGAACAACGAAUUGAAAUAAAGGGACACGAUGUGGAACAAGACCUUGAAAGACAAAUAAAGGAUGGGACACAACACAUCGCACGCCAUGUGCAGGAUGGUAUUGUGAGUUUGCUGCAGGCAGCGAACAAAACUGAGGCAGAAAACUAUGAACGAGGCGUCGCAGAUCUUCGCCAACGUUUGAUGAAAUAUUAUAAUGACACGACUUGCAAUGUGCCUCUUUCAAACUUAGAUGGCAGUCUUGAUAAGCGAAUAACAGACAUGUAUGCAACGCCCAAAAUACAACGAAUCAAAAUAGAAAAAGAUGGCAAACGCGUGAAAACAGACGAACAAGUACUGACCUACAAAGGCCUAUUUUUCACGAACGAUAAAUCAAAUCAACGUAUAUACAUACAGGGAGAACCAGGUAGAGGAAAAUCUACAUUUGCAGUUAAGUUAGUCCAUGAUUGGUGCAACGAAAAUCAGCCUUCACUGGUAUCUUCCAUUAACAAUCCAGCGUUUGAAGAUAGACUAACAAUUCAGAAAUUCAAGUUUUUAUUUUUCAUCACGUUGAGAGAUUCGAGUGAACAGACUGAUGUUACUCAGAUGAUAAAGAAGCAGCUAAUUGAUGAAACGUUUUCAGAAGACGAACGCGCCGACGAAUACAAACUGUUCGUGCAAAUAAUGAAAACUGAAAUUUGCCUCGUAGUACGAGAAGGUCUAGACGAAUGGGUGUGUCCUAGUGAUAGUAACCUAGCUGUGCCUUCAAUGGCUGGAUUUCCGAAGGACACCUGCACGGUACUUACAACUACUCGACCAUGGAAACUGGCUGAUGAAAAAAUCAAGAACUCGCAAAUCGACAGUCUGUUUGAGAUCGAGGGGAUUAGCAGUCCAUAUAAAUUUGCUAAAAAUAUUCUUCGCAGCAUAACUGACCAGACGAAGGCUCUAGAGGACACCGUGGAUGAAUUUGAGUUAUUCAUAAAGCGUCGUGAGCUCGAAUCGUUAUCAUCCUCACCAAUGUUGUACGCGCUGGUCAUCUGUACCUGGGUAGACACGAUUGGGGAGGAGGAACAUUUGAAAGGAUCGUCAUUGUGUUUACUUUACACUACUCUGCUCGAAAGUCUGUGUAAAAAGGCUAACAAUAACAAAGGUUAUUUUAACGAUUCUAAUGCACCACCAGUGCAUUGUUUUUCUAAAACAAAUUACAUACAGCCAAACAUUGUACACUUAAAUAAGCUCGCUGGCGCAGCUUACAAAUUGUUAUUUUCCUUUGAAAGAGAAACAUCGAUUGUAUUCAAUGAUAGAAAAUUUUCUAACUAUUUUGUUUCUAAUGAAGAGUUUACGGGUUGCAAGAUGUUUGCACUUAAGGCAGGGAUAUUAACAAACAGAAAACAGAAAAGUCGGACAGAGAAUUCGAACUCGUUCAUACACAAAACUGUACAGGAAUUCCUCGCAGCAUAUCAUAUCGCAUGCAAUCCAAAUGCCAUUGAUGACAUCAUUUCAAGACAUCUUAAAUGCUUUAAGAAUUCAUAUCUAGAAAUAUCGCAAGUUUUCAUAUUUGUGUGUGGAAUGAACAUUUCCGCUGCGAAUAAACUGUCGGCUUUGAUGAAUCAAUCUAACGUUGAUAAUUGCCGUGCUUCAGAUGAUUGGUUUUUAGGGGCACUCAGGGUUUGUGCGUUUCAGAGAGUCAUUGAGGAUGGAAUCAGAGAGGCAGUAGCCAACGAGCAGGAUGACAUUCACCUGAAGCUCAGUCACUUUGACAUUACUUCAAGAAACUUGAGAGAUUUAAACUUGAUAUGGUCUACAAUCACGUCCAAUUCAUAUCCUGUCAAGUAUCCGGUCAAGUCAUCCUUAAAAUACAGGCUGUAUUCCCCAACUGCAAUGACGAAUGCAUUUAGAGCUGUCAAGGAACAGCAGAUGUCAGUGUUUGGCUGCAGGGAAACCACAACACCAGCUAUAACAUCAGCUAGAACAGCUACUACCACUGUUAUUGGGUGUGGGAAUGCUUUGGGAGCACAAAUACCACCAUAUUUUGUAUUCAAAGGGGAACGCAUGAGGGAGGAACUGCUGGAAGGACGAACACCUGGAGCUGAAGAUACAGCCAGUUCAGACACAUCGAAGCAUCCGGUCUCCAUUGUUCUAAACAAUGCAGAUCAAGUCCAGUGUGCAGACCCUCGUCCAGUACUGCCCUCACUAGAACGCAUUGAUUUAGAUGAUGUCGCAUGCUCCUCUACCUGGCUACAUAGUCUGUUCAGCAUUCUGUUGACAUGCGAUCAUGAGGUGGUGUGUAAUCUGAAAUGUGACAUAACGUCGUGUACUGAGCGCGUUUCAUCCGAAAUAAAGACGGGUAAACGUGCAUUUAACAUGCACAUGGAAGAAAAGUAUUACAGCCCCGGUCUGUGGGAGGCUCUCAAUGGUCUGAAUAUCAAGAGUCUGACUCUGAGUGGUUGGAUGGAUGGUUUCGAAGUGAAUAAUGUAGAGUCGUUGUCGCAGACACUAUUAUCGCUCAAACAGCUCGAAACGCUUAAUAUAAGUUAUAUUCCCGGUCUGUGGGAGGCUCUCCAUGGUCUGAAUAUUAAGAGUCUAGCUCUGCGUUGGAGGAUGGAUCGUUUGCAAGUGAUUCGUGUAGAGUGGUUGUCGCAGACACUAUCAUCGCUCAAACAGCUGGAAACGCUUAGUAUUGAUAUGGAUAUCAGUCCCAUUCUGUGGGAGGCUCUCAGUGGUCUGAAUAUUAAGAGUCUGACUCUGACUCUGAGACAUUGGAAGGAACGUUUGCAAGUGAAUCAUGUAGAGUCUUUGUCGCAGACACUAUCAUCGCUCAAACAGCUGGAAACGCUUAGUAUUGAUUUGCCCGAGUCCCCAUUUUAUACAUAG